CCGGCCCUGUGCCCUCCGGACUCCUGAGUGUCCUGACAGCCACCGGCCCGGCGGCCACUGUGAAGCCAGCGGGGUUGUACCUCAAGCAGGGCAUCUGUAUUUGGUAACUGGAAGUGGAAUUGCGAAAUGUGUCCAUCUUAUCACUUCUGUCUUCAUUCACCAAGGGAGGGAGGACUUUCCAGCCCCCCUAGAAAAAUCUCUGCUGCUGGUUAGGAAAAUAAAAAUUUCUGUUUAUACAACUGACAUUAUUUUUAGAUAUGAAAAAGUAGUCAUCUUAAACCAUUCUGUUCAAAAUGAAUAUUUAUAAAUAAUUUUUAGAACUAAUGCUGCAUUUUUAAUAUUAUAAAGAAUUUUUUUCUUAGUGGAAACCUGCUUCUUUUCUUUCCUUCAGGAAUGUUAUAAGACAUCUCAGUUGCUUUGUGAGUAAUCAGAUAUGCAAAUAGCCCCUCAAGAAUCAAGCUAAAUUUAAAGACAACUUACUUAGAAACACUGGAGAGUAUAUCAUGGAGUGCAAAACUGAAGGGAAAGAAAAAUACCAACAUAGCUUGAAUCUACUGAAUAAAAUUAAGAACAUGAAAGAAUUCGCAGAAAUGAUUGAUGUAGUACUCAUGGCAGAAGGAGAGAAAUUUCCUUGCCAUAGACUGGUCCUGGCUGCUUUUAGUCCUUAUUUCAAAGCUAUGUUCACCUGUGGACUAGUUGAAUGUACUCAAAGAGAAAUCGUUCUUUAUGACAUCACAGCAGAAAGUGUGUCAGUUAUAUUAAAUUACAUGUACAGUGCUUCUUUGGAGAUCAAUAAUGCCAACGUACAAACUGUAGCUAUGGCUGCCUAUUUUAUGCAAAUGGAAGAAGUCUUUAGUGUGUGUCAAAAAUAUAUGAUGGACCACAUGGAUGCCUUCAACUGUGUAGGUAUCUAUUAUUUUGCAAAGCAGAUUGGAGCUGAAGAUUUAUCUGAUCAAUCGAAGAAAUAUUUAUAUCAGCAUUUUGCUGAGGUAAGCUUACAUGAAGAAAUACUAGAAAUUGAAGUGCAGCAAUUUCUGACGCUUAUUAAAUCAGAUGACCUUAACAUAUCCAGAGAGGAGAGUAUUCUGGAUUUAGUUCUGAGAUGGGUAAAUCAUAACCAAGAAUCACGCAAAGAGCAUCUUGUUGAGCUUUUGAAGCAAGUCAGAUUGGAACUUAUAAAUCCUUCUUUUUUAAGACAAGCCCUAAAAAGGAAUACAAUGCUUCUAUGUGAUGCAAACUGCAUUGACAUAAUUCAAAACACAUUCAAAGCCUUCAAGACACCCCAACAACAUCCUCUAAAUCUUCGUUAUGGCAUGGAGACCACUAGUCUUUUGCUUUGCAUUGGCAAUAAUUCUUCAGGAAUCAGGUCAAGACGUAGGAGCUAUGGGGAUGCCAGUUUUUGUUAUGAUCCUGCAUCACGGAAGACCUACUUUAUCUCAUCUCCCAAAUAUGGAGAGGGUUUAGGAACUGUGUGUACUGGUGUUGUCAUGGAAAACAAUGCUAUAAUUGUGGCUGGAGAAGCAAGUGCCUCUAAACUCUCUAGACAAAAGAACAAGAAUGUUGAAAUCUAUAGGUAUCAUGAUAGAAGAAACCAGUUUUGGGAAAAGUUAUGCACAACUGAAUUUCGAGAGCUCUAUGCUCUGGGCAGUAUCCAUAAUGACCUCUAUAUUAUAGGAGGACAGAUGAAAAUUAAAAACCAGUAUCUUAUUACAAACUGUGUUGAUAAAUACUCUGUAGAACGGGACAACUGGAAAAGGGUGUCUCCCCUUCCACUACAAUUGGCAUGUCAUGCUGCAGUGACAGUGAAUAAUAAACUUUAUGUGAUUGGAGGCUGGACCCCUCAGAUGGAUCUUCCUGAUGAAGAACCUGAUCGAUUAAGCAACAAACUGUUGCAGUAUGACCCCAGUCAAGAUCAAUGGACAGAGCGGGCGCCCAUGAAGUACUCUAAGUACCGAUUCAGUACAGCUGUAGUCCACAGUGAGAUUUAUGUUUUAGGUGGAAUUGGCUGUGUAGGUCAAGACAAGGGCCAGGUUCGAAAGUGCCUUGAUGUGGUGGAGAUAUAUAACCCUGAUGGGGACUUUUGGAGAGAGGGCCCACCUAUGCCAAGUUCCCUGCUCUCUCUUCGAACCAAUUCUACCAAUGCAGGAGCAGUGGAUGGGAAGCUUUAUGUCUGCGGGGGAUUCCAUGGAGCAGAUCGCCAUGAGGUUAUCUCCAAAGAAAUAUUGGAGUUGGACCCAUGGAAAAAUCAGUGGAAUGUUGUAGCAGUCAAUGUCCUCAUGCAUGACAGCUAUGAUGUCUGCCUGGUGGCCAGGAUGAAUCCUCGAGACCUCAUCCCCCCACCUUCAGAUUUAGUGGAAGAAGGCAAGGAGCACUGAGGUCAACAUUGCUAUAGAAACUUCUAUUGUGUCUGCAAAGAAGGAGUUAGGAUUGGAGAGAGAUCAUGGGCAUCCAUACAUGUGCUUUGCAUGCAUAGUGGUCCAUAUUCAAAGCAGCAUGUGCUGGGCACUAUGAAGGGGAGUCUGCAGAAUCCACCCUCAGGGACUUCCACUUGGUUAGGGUGGACAGGACACUACAAGACCGAAUAAGAUGAUGUCACAAGAGGGGUACAGAGUGAGUGCCACAGGAGUGCAAGAUAUGGAGGAAUCUCACACUGCUGGAGACUCAAGAAGCAGGCCUUCUAUCAGGGCCUCGGAGGGUGAGAAGGAAGCAGUCCCAUGUGUGCAAUUGAUGGUGAGAUCAUGGUAACAGCUGAGUGAAGACCAGAGGUGGGCCAGGUUGCCUGGACCACUGCCUUUGCUACAAAAGCUAGAAAGGUAGGUUGUAUCUAAAUAACUAACAUUUGGAAGACCAAGGACUUUGGCCCUAAUCUCUGAGCAGGGGAAUGAUCUCAAAAUAUUGGUGUAAAGGAAGACUUAUCUUUGUACUCUGUUCUGGCUUCAAUCAUAUAAAAACUGUCUAUUCUCAUGCAGAAUAUUUUUUUGCUACAGAAACAUUAUCCAAAAUAGGGCUUGCAGUAGACAAGUUCAUAAGAGCUUAGGCACUCAAGCCCAACUACAGUGAGCAGAGGAAUUCUGCCCUGGGCCAGAUCUGUGUCAGCGAAGGAGAUAGAGGGUUCUGUAGCCAUGGUCCUCUCUUAGGCUGACACAGAGGGUCCUGAAUUGGACUUACCCAAGCUGCCCUUGACUAGUUCUCAGACACACACACCUUCCACAGGCUGGCCCUGGCUGAACAUAACUCACCUAUACCAACCAUCACAAACACAGACCAGGCUGUGGAUUAAAGAGAGGAAGCACACCCCUUUGAUGGCCUGCUGCCCUCUUGGACUCAGCCUUUGCAAUAUCUUCCCCAAGGUUGAAGGGGGAGGAUGGAACUUGCUGUUUCAGCCCAUAGUUGAGCAUAAUCAGAAAACAACCACUCAUAGCCACCUAGGAGAUAUUACUUACCAUCUAUACUUCUGGAAGCACAGUGGAUUUAAAGAAUGCAUUUUGGUAGCUAAUCUUCAACAACUUCUCAAGAGUUUCACCUUACACAAGGCUCUCUAUUAAGUAGGAGUGGUCAGUAAAUUCCUUAGAACUUUACCAGACAGAGACAUUCUUAGAUUGAGACAGCUCUUCUCUGGCAUAUAAUUGUACGACUGUGGUGACCUCUACUCCAUGUCCUCAGGUUCUAGCUGUUAACCCAGGCAGGAUAGAUGGGUCCAUGGAAAUAAGCUAGUUGAAAACCUGCUUCUGCCACCAUGAAGGGAAUCCCAGUUAGACCCAAGGUAGGUUGUCCCCUAGCAGGCUAGACAGGGCAGGAGCCAUGUCUCUCUCUGCAGUUGUACCCAAGUGCCCUCUAUAUUACCUGGCACAUAUGGGUCUUUGGGUGGCAAGCACAGAGUAACAUUUCUCAAUCUGAGGGAUUGGUUUCUGAGCAUGUACAGAAAUCUGAGUUAAAUGAGUUAAUUCUCCCUGGUGGAGGGUCUUCCAAUCUGUGAAUUCUUUUCCUUGCUGCAAAGGCAGAACAUUUCUUCCCAAUGGGCUGUACUGGCUGGGGGUGUCCAUGGCUGAGGAGAGCCACCACAGGUGUCUGCUUACCUGACCUCCUCUUAAUGAAACCUCUGUACCUGCUCCACCUAUUUAAACAUAGAAGCUGUCACAUUUCCCUGGAUCAAGGAGGUCUUGCUAGUGUGUAAUGACACAUUUCUAGAUGCAUUGGGUUUCAGAUAUAGGCUUUAGUAUCAACUCUGCUAUUUAGCUAGCUGUGUGAUAUGGGGCAAGAUAACCUUUCUAAAGCCUUAUUUUCCUCUUAUACAGAAUGGGAAGGAAAAUGCUUUAUAGAGUUGGUGUGAGGAUUGAGUGAGAAAGCGCUGAGCAAAGUGCCUAUAAAAUACUAAAACAGUAAAUAUUUAUUAGCUAUCAUUAUUAUUAUUAUCAUUACUAUUGCACUCAAGAUUUCCCAAAGCAUAGUGCCCAGAACAACCCAGUGCUUGAGUGCAGUCUCUUGAGAUUCUAGGGAGAGAUGUGCACAUGGUUUGAGAUAGUUCUUAAUUCCCUAGACCCAGCCUUUUGGCUCCUCUAGUUGACGUGCUGAAACAAGCAAUCAUUUGCUUUAGUAUUUUCGUAAGCCUUGGUGCUUCUUGUCUGACUUUUAUAUUUAUAAUACAAAACUAGAUACUUCUGCUCUCCUGUUGUUAUAUAUUUGUGGAUAUAUAGCUUUGAAACAUUUUCCUAUCAAUCCUUUUUACACUUUAAUUGACCACUGUCCAAAUAUCACAUGGUGGACUUUAUAAAACUUUGACUGUUUGCUAGUUCUUCUCUUUGUGAAGCAGGAUUGUUUGACACUGAGCAAUGGAACACAAAAGGGAAGUGCUUUUGAUGCUGAGGCUGAUAGAAGACUGCAGCUGUCAAAC